AUGGGCGUGCUCAAGGCUGGGCUGUGCCCAGGCCUCACCCUGGAUAUGGUACAGCUUCUGAGGACCCAUGGAAUCAAGACAGUGGUGGACCUGGUUUCUGCAGAUCUGGAGGAGGUAGCCCAGAAAUGUGGCUUGUCUUAUAAGGCCCUGGUUGCUGUGAGGCGGGUGCUGUUGGCUCAGUUCUCAGCUUUCCCCUUCAAUGGCGCCGAUCUCUAUGAGGAACUGAAGACCUCCACUGCCAUCCUGUCCACCGGCAUUGGAAGCCUGGAUAAACUGCUUGAUGCUGGUCUCUAUACUGGAGAAGUCACUGAACUUGUCGGAAGCCCAGGUAGCGGCAAAACCCAGAUAUGUCUGUGUAUGGCUGCAAACGUGGCUCUCAGCUUACAGCAGAACAUCCUAUACAUCGAUUCCAGUGGAGGGCUGACAGCUUCCCGCCUUCUCCAGCUGCUGCAGGCCAGAACCCAGGAUGAGGAGGAACAGGCAGCAGCUCUCCAGAGGAUACAGGUGGUACGUGCGUUUGACAUCUUCCAGAUGCUGCAUGUGCUGCAGGAUCUCCGAGGCACUGGGUCCCAGCAGGUGAUCAGUUCUGGAACUCUGAAGAUGGUGCUGGUAGACUCAGUCACUGCUGUGGUUUCUCCGCUUCUGGGGGUUCAGCAGGGGGAAGGCUUGGCCUUCAUGAUGCAGCUGGCCCGAGAGCUGAAGACUGUAGCCCGGGACCUUGGCGUGGCAGUGGUGGUAACCAAUCAUGUGACCCGAGACAGGGACAGUGGGAAGCUCAAACCUGCCCUCGGGCGCUCCUGGAGCUUUGUGCCAAGCACCCGGAUUCUCCUGGACAUGCAAGAGGGAGCAGGCACAUCUGGUAGUCAGCGUGUGGCAUGCCUGACCAAGUCUCCCCGGCGGCCGACAGGAAUCCGGGAGCUGGUAGACAUCGGGAUUUGGGGCACUCCGGAGCAGAGCCCAGUGCUAGAGGGUGAUCAGACAUGA